AAAAUUUGAUAAAUCGCGAUAAAGAUCGUUAGAGGAACGAGAAGAAUGUAUUGGAUUUUGGACCGAGUUACAUCGAUUUAACAAUCAACGUUCCUUGAUAAUGCGAGUAUUAUUUUUCUACGGAUUAAUAAAUAUCGUGGCGCGAACUUAUAGAACGCCAUAUUUUCUUUCACUCGGCCAAGGGUCGUCCUUGUUGUCCUUGUAUCGUGAAAUUCCCUCGUUUUCACGAGACGACGAUAAAGCUAUAUAAUACUGUGCGUAGAACUGUAUCUAUCUAUCUCUUUCUCUUUUUCUCUUUCUGUUUCUCUAUUGCGCGCGCUUCCGCGUUAACUGUUUUCAUAGCUAGAGAAAAUGUUCCUAUGAUGGACGAGAUUAAUGAUAAAAAUUCGAACGACGAGAGUCCUUCGAUGGAGAAAAAGAAUGAGGUAAAGCCGAUCGAUCGUACGAAAGAAAGAAAACGUUCGAAGGAAGAGAAAAGUAGAAAGAAGGAUAUUAAAAAGACCGGGGAACAAUGUUCAGAAGCUGUGAUCGAUGCGCAAACCAUGAAAGAAAAGCUGGAUGUAAUGUCUAAGAAAUACUCUGAUAUUGUGGACGAUAAUAAGAGAUUAUUGUUAAAUUUGAAACAGUCUGAGAAAAAGAUAAUGUUGUUGCAACGAGAGAAGGAGCAGUUUCAAAGCGAACGUAAUAAGGCACUUUUAACUAGGAAAAGAUUAGAGAAUUUGUGUCGUGAAUUACAGAAACAGAAUAAAACUGUUAAGGAGGAGUGUUUGUCGAGACUGAAGAAAGAGGAAGAAAAGAGAAAGGAACUCUCCGGCAAGUUUCAAAGUAUUUUAGCUCAUAUCAAUCAACAAAUGAAUUUAACUCUUGAAAAGAAUGCAAAGAUGCAGGAAGAGAAUUUAGAAAUGAAUAAGUUGUUCAAAUCAUUAUGUGAUGAACUUGCGGUUAAAGAAAAACAACUUCUACAAGAACAUAUGCGUAUGAAAGGGGAGUUGCUUAUAGCGCGUGACAACUUUGAAGAGGUCAAGAUAGAAGCUACGGUAGAAAAAGAAGUCUUCUUAAGGGAAAAGGAACAACUCUUGCUUACAUUAACAGAAUAUCGAGCACGAAUUCAAGAAUUACAAGGAGCAGAAGCUGCUAUGAAAAGUCAAAUUGAUUUAUACACCAAUAAAUAUGACGAAUUUCAAAAUUCUCUUACAAGAAGUAAUAAAGUUUGCGGAGAAUUUAACGAAGAGAUGGAAAGGAUGUCUAAGAAGAUACUUGCUUUGGAGAAAGAAACUACUUUGUGGAAACAACGAUGGGAGAAGAGCAAUACAGUUUUUGUUGACAUGGUAUAUGAAAAGCAAGCAAGAGAGUCGGAAUUGGUGAAAUUGAAGGAAAGAUUAGCUUUGCUUCAAGACUUGUGUAAAAUGUUCCAACGUGAAAGAAGAUCCUUGAUCGAGCAAUUAAAUGAAAAAAACGCAAAGACUAAUACUGAUUCGACUACAAGAACAUCUGGUGAAUCUAAAGAAAAAGAAGAUGAUUUAAAUAAAGGAUCUGCAUUAUUAGAAAAUAGUAAUGGACAACUCACUCCAACGAAUAUCUUCGAACUACUUGAACAAAGAUUAGAAAUGGAAUUUAAUAUAAAUUCCACGACUGAAAAAAAAAUUGAAAUAAGUUCAGAGGAAAAAAUAAUUGGCUCAUCCAUAUCUGAAUGUCCACUUUCUUCUGAACCUAGCUGUAAAGAUAUAGAUAAGGAAUCAAAGGACAAAGAGCUCUCAGUUUCUCAGGAAAAUAGAACAGAAGAACCAUUAAAGGAAGAAAAAUCUUCCAACGUAGAAAAUAAUUCAAAGGCACAACUAAGUAUAGCAGAAUCAUCUUCUAUUAUUAGUAAUGAAAAAUUAAAUGAAAAGGAAAAUGUAAAAAAAGAAAAUAAAGAAGCGAUAGAAAGAAUAAGUGACGCGUCGUGUGACAAUAUUACGAACUUAGAAUCUAGAUCGGAAAACUUUGAAAAUGAUAGUACAGUACAAAUGUCAAUACUUAAAAAUGAUGAUGUUCAAACGGAACAACAAGAGACGAAGAAUAGUAGCCAAGACGAAAAUAAUGAGGAAUUAGUUGAGAAUAUAGAAAAUAGGUGUACUGGCAUAACUAUAUCUGAAAUAGAAACAAAAACUAUAAUAGAAGAAUGUGUUCCAAACGGUUUUUCAAAGAAAGAUAUAGUUAACGAAUCAGUAGAAUCAUCAAACAAUGAAAUAGAAAUCAAUCUAUGCGAUAAAUCGCAAGAAACUGUUGUAGAAAAUAUUCAAAAAAUCGAAAAGUCUGAAUCGGAAAUUUUAAAAAAUUCUGCGGAAGUGAAUUCUAUUGUAGAAAAACAAGUUAAAACUGAUAUGCCUUUUUCUAAAGAAGAAGAUAACAAAUCAAUCAAACAGAAUGUUACGACUGCAACGAAGAAUGUAAGAAGAAAGAAGAAGUAAAAUGAAGUCAAAUAAUCAUCCGGAACAAACGAAAAAAUGGUACGAACAUUGAAAUUAUAUAUAGGAUAAAAUCGUGCAAAACUACAUUUUUUCCUUUAUCGAUGGAAACGAUGAAAAACUGUCCUACGGUUUUUCCCUUUUUUAAAUGAAAUACCAAAUAAGCGCAUGAUUUUUUUAGGUAAAAUACCUAAUGAGAAGAUACGAAACGUUUAAAACCUAUUAUAGGAAACGAUUUUACACGCCUUACGAAUAAUACUACAAAUAUUUUAUUAAAUGAAUCGUCUUAUUUACGCGAUAUAUCCUUUAUUAGGAAUCUCUUAAAUUAUAAGAAGAAAACGAUAGUGUUGAUCGUUGACAGAGAAAUAUUAAUAUAAUAAAUUUAAAGAUUUAUACAUCAUUGAUAAAAUAUGCUAAUGAUCAUAGCGUAGUUUAUAUUUCGUAAGUUUAAUUUCUUUUAAACAAUUGUUAUGUUAUACAUCCUCUAACAUGAAAAGAUGUAGUUUUGCAAUUUUUAUGAAAAAAAUAAAAAGCAAAAGAAUAUUUUCUAAAUUCUAUGACUUCUAUAUGAUUGUCCAUCUAUUAUUUUCAAAAUUUCUAUGCAUAGCAUUUUAAUAAAAAUAGCGGGCGUUCGAUGUAAAACACGAGAUUUAACUUUAUUUACAAAGUUGAUUCAUUCUUUUUGAUCACGACCGCCACACAAGCAUAGACAAUUUGUGAAAGCAUUAGCUCGUUAAUUUUAAUUAACUUCUCGUAGAAAAGAAUUUCGAUAUUUUUUAAAUGUGUAUCAGUAUGCACAUAUCUAUGCGUGUGUAUGUCGGGUGUGUGUGUGUGCGCGUGCGUGGUACAAAUUUUUUUAUCCGUUACAACAAGAAAUUGGGUGAACAAAUUUCAAUAAAAUUUUUUUUUUAAUUUUUACUAGAACUGUUGACCCUAUAUGAGAAUAUAUUGUUUAAAAUAUCAGGUUUAUCGUUUAAAGAAUUUCAAAGGGACAACCGCAUACCUUCCCCUCUGAUAUAAAAUAUUUAUUGUUAAUUUAUAACAAUACGGCUGAAUCGAUUCUAAAAAAAUACAUAUUUGUAAUAUACGAGAAAAGUCUUUGAUUUUAGCGAGUCGUUAAAAAAUCCUUGUAGAUU